CCUGGAUGGGUCAUAGAGUGGAGAAGAAUCCAGGGCUCUUGGGAGGGCGGGGUUAUAUCUGGAUACCCCUUCCGGGCGUGGGGUGAGCUUGGGAGGUUCAGCUACUGGUCCACUAGGGAGGAAGGAGUUAAGUGGUGCUGCUGUCACCUGAGCUGGGCAUCAAAUUACCUGGGUCCAGUGUUCCACCUGGAAGGAGGUGGCGCUCAGCCUGCUGCCCCUGGGCUUCUGGCUGUCUCUGCCUGGCUGAGUCCUGCUGAGGAGGUCUAAGUGGAUACCCCCCCGCUAGAAAAAGGGCUCCUACCGGGGAUCCUGACUUUCUGUCCCUAGGCUCCCAAAUAUGGCCCUGCCCCCACCCCUGGACCCUAGACCCACCUCAGAGCCCUUCAGCCACCCCCCUGGAGCCCCUAGAGAACUGGAUGCUGCUGGAUACGCCAUCUGCCCGGCGUCUGGAAAGGAGAGAAUAAGGUCGGAACAGGCCCAGAAGCUGGGGCAGGACACUUUGGACCCUCCCGAGCCCUUCCAGGGUGGCCUGAGGGGCACUGAGCCAACGCCCACUUCUCAUGAGGACUCAGCUGGGGCCAAAUGCCGUGAGCGCCCCAUCUCUGGCUGGGAGGUGUUGGAGGCUGAGCAGGACAGCCUGCAUCUUUGCCUUCUGGGGCUGGGCCUCCUGCUGCAGGACCUGGACCGAGGCCUGGCGCCGUGGGCAUCAACCCGGAGAGGGAUGGUCCAGCUGCAGACCCUCCAGGCAGACCUACGUGGGACAGCUGAGCAUCUGGAUGCACUGCUGGUGUUCGGUGAGGGGCUGGUGCAGCGGAGUGAGCCUCAGGCCCAGGCCUCCCUGGAGCAGGUCCUGAGGGCCUUCAGAGCCCACCGAGACAGCAUCUUCCGGCAGCUGUGGCGGCUGCAAGCCCAGCUGGUCAGCUACAGCCUGGUAUAUGAGGAGGCCAGCACACUGGAGCAGGACUUGGAGGUUGAGGGGGACUCAGACGGGCCAGGACCUGGUGGGGUCUGGGGGCCCUGGGCACCCAGUAGCCUCCCCACUCCCGCAGAGUUGGAGUGGGACCCAGCGGGGGACGUUGGGGGCCUCGGGCCUUUGGGACGAAGGACGGCCUGGACACCAGGGGCUCCCUGUGAGCUGUGUGGCCACAAGGGCCCCCAGGGCAGGGGACAGUGGCUUGAGGUGAGAGCAGGACCACACCCCUCUCUCCCCCGACAGGACAUGCUCAGGUCAGGCCUCAGCCACCGGAAACACUUCGCAGGUCACCGAAGACGCUCCUUGCUCCAGAAGUCUCGGGACAAGAUGAGACAAGCAUCUCCCGAUCUUCAGGAUAUGCUGUUGGAAGUAGACCCUGGAGCCUCUGCUCCUACCUCCAGGCGGCCCCUGACCUUCCUCCUUCUCCUCCUCCUCCUUCUCCUGGUGGGUGCCACCUUGCUCCUGCCCACAUCAGAGGGCUCCUGCUGCUCUCCUGCACGACUGGCCAGGACACCUUACUUGGUGCUCAGCUAUGUCAAUGGGCCUCCCCCAAUCUGAGUAUACGCCCUAGACAUGCAAUAAAUGGUCACUGCCAAAGGAUGUGUCUUAGUCUGUGUGGGCUGCUGUAACAAAAUAACAUAGACCGGGUGGCGUAUAAACAAUAGGAACUGAUCUCUCACCGUUCUGGAGGCUGAAAAGUCCAAGAUCAAGGUGUCAGGAGAUUCAGUGUCUGAUAAGGACCUACUUCCUGGUUCAUGACGUCUGUCUUCUCACUGUCCUCACGUGGAAGGAGAAGCAGGGAAAUGACGUCUUUUUAUAAGGGCACUGAUCCUGUUCAUGAGGGCUCCCCCCCCAUGACUUAAUCACCCCCAAAGGCCCCAACCUCCUAAUACUAUCACUUUGGAGGUUAGGAUUUCAAUGUGUGAAUUUUGAGGAGACACAGACAUUCUGUCAAAAGGAGGAUGUGUAGGCUCUUGGGUGCUGGAGUACCAAGAAUCGUGGAGCCCUGGUACAUCUGGACAGCCCCCUCCACAGAUCCCUUUGCCUUGAGCACAGGACUCGGGACUGAAUCAGCUCAUCUUGGCUUGGGUUCCCUCAGACCCUGAGACAAAGAUUUAAGCACAGGUAGUUUAUUAGGGAGGUGAUCCUGGGCAGGUUGAUAGGGCAAUGGGAAGUGAGCCCAGGAAGGGAGUUUAACGAGCUGGUCGCUGCUCUGGGCACCUGGGGUGCCACCCGCAGUCUCCCCAGAGAUUGUGGAACCAUGCAAAGUUGUUCCCCCCAAGAUGAAGAAGUUGUGGCAUAUAUGUACCAGUUCCCAUCUCUCAUUGGUUAAGGACUCUUCCUGGAGAUGUUAACCCCCCUAGCACUUCCAGCCUCUCCUGUAAAAGACCCUCAGGUGCUUGCCACAGGAAGUUGGGGGGUUGCCGAUGCACAGGAGGGGCGCAGGUGAUGGGGGCAGAUUGCCAACGGCACCUGCUAUAGCCCCUGACCUGCAUUCAUCCAAGUGCUCUGUUCAUUCUACCCAGUGGGGUCCCAGGCUGGGCCAUCACUGGCCCAGGACUGUGAAAGCCCUUCUCCUGGGCCUUGACAACACCAAGCUGAACUGCCAGGGCUCAGUCCUGGAACCUGGUCCCCAGCUUCAGGUGUCUAAGCUCGUCUUCUCCCCGGAGCUUAAGCUAACAGGACAAGAGGUGGAGCAGAUCAGACUCAGAACAGAGGCAGGAGCCCUGGGCAGGGCUCCUGGAUGUGCACUUAAGACAGAUCCCUUCUUUGUCACAACCACGCAAUGUGUCCCCACUUAACAGAACAGGAAACUGAGGCUCUAGAGGAGAAGCCACCAACCUGAAGCCACACGGGGGGCAAGUGUCUGAAGCCCACUGUCCAACCGAUUUAAAAACAAACAGGAUUUUCCUGAGUAAUUGGAAAGUUCAGGACAGCUGGAUCCAGGGGCUCAGGUCUUUCCUAUUUUGGCCUCCUUAUCCCAGGGGUGGCCAAGUGCCCCUCAAAACCGCCUACAUCUCACCAAUGUGGCAAUAGGAGAGUACUCUUCCCUUAAUGUUCCAACCAAAAUCCCAAAGCUACCUCCACUGGCUAGUGUCUCAUGCCUCACUGAGGGCUGCAGCCAGCCUUGCUUGCUGAAAAUGGGAUGGCUGGAGGAGUGGUUCUCCAAAAAGAAAAUCAGGGCGCUGUUACCAGAUGGGGAAUGGACACUGGAGGGUGGGUGGGAAGCAGAGGAUUCUGGGAAUAACUCCGGGUUCAGGAAGCAGUCAGGAUGCACACCUGGGUCUGUCCUGUUUCAAAUGCCAGGCCAGGUGUCUGUCCCCAACUGAGGAGGAGGCAUGGUCACCCUGGGGUCACCAGCAUAUAAGAUGGGCAGAGUUUUAGCCAUAUUGACCCAACCUACCAGGUAAUGGAGCACAUCCAUGCCACUUGUUCAUUCAUUCAUUUAAUGCUGUUUGCUGUGAACCAGAUCCUGGUCAAAGAGUAGGGCUGUGACCGUGAACAAGGCAGGCUGAAACACUGGUCUCUGUGGAGCUGACAUCCUAGUGGGGCAAAGCAACAGGAAGUAAAAGAAGCAGGUAAAAUAUGUAAUAGGGCCAAGGAUGGUCAGUGCCAAGGAGAAAACUACAGUGAGCAAAGGCAAAGCAGAAGGGGGCACAAUUAGGGUGGUUGAGGAAGGAACUAAGGUGACAAUUACAUCAUUAUGCUAUAAUUAUCUCAUUGCCAAACUGCAGUGAGGAUGCAAGCCACGGGACUCCUACAGGGGUGCUGACCAGUAAAAAUAUGAGCCACAAAUUUAUCUUUACCUUUCCUAGCUAUCCCAGGAAAACCACAGAAACAGGUGAAAUUAAUUUUAUUAGUUUAACUUAUACUCUAACCCAAUAUAUCCAC